AUGACGACGUCCAAUCUAUUUAAAGCGACGGUUAACGAAUAUUUGGAAGACCUACCAAAGACGGUCCAAUCGAAGCUUUUUGAAGCUCCAGCAACUUGUCUUUCAAUAUACCGACUUUUAUCGCCUAUGGCGAAAUUCUACAUUAUGUCAAUGAUAUUCAAUGAGAAACCCAUACCUGUAAGGGACUUGAACAAAUGGUGUAAACCUCUGGCGAGAAAGCUUGAAUUUGAGGCACUAAAGCGGCUAGAAUCGCUACAUCUAAUAGAGUAUGAUAGCAAGGGCACACAUAUUCGUUUAAACUCGAUUUUCCGUUCAAAUUUUAGAGAUUGCCUUACUGGGUCACAAGAUCCUAACGCAUUUGGCAGUGUAGACACCACUGUUGAUAAACACAAGGUGGACGUGGCAUUUCUUGAUUCGUUUGCUACACAGAAAUGGGAGAGUAUAUUGCAUUUUAUGGUGGGUACAGAGGGUACAAAGGCUCCAUCGAAAUCAGUAUUGAGCUUGCUCCGACUAGGAGGGUUAAUGGAAGGGCAAAACAAUAACUUGAAUAUCACAAACACCGGUUUUCAGUUUUUGUUACAGGACAUUAAUGCACAAAUUUGGACACUUUUGCUCCAAUACUUGAAUCUCACACAAGAACUAAAUAUGAACCCGGUUGAUGUGUUAAACUUUAUUUUCAUUUUGGGGUCUCUAGAGUUGGGCAACAGCUAUCUAGUUUCAAGCUUGAGUGAAACACAGGUUAGCAUGCUUGCAGAUUUGAAAGACUACGGAUUGGUGUAUCAGAGAGUCGACACGUCUAGUCGUUUUUACCCCACACGACUUGCAACGACCUUGACCUCGGAUUCAUCAGCGCUAAAGACCCCUUCUAUGGCUGUUGAACAAGUCUUGGAUAAAAGCGAGGGAGACGCUAUGUUAUCAUCGCCAAAUACGCGAGAAUCAAUUAUCAUUGAAACAAACUUUAAGUUGUACGCCUAUACUCAAUCGCCCUUGGAAAUUGCCAUUUUGAACCUAUUUGUACAAUUGAAGACAAGGUUCUCCAAUAUGGUAUGUGGCCAAAUAACCAGAGAAUCGAUACGUAACGCAUUAUACAAUGGAAUAACAGCUGAUCAAAUCAUCAAGUUUUUGGAAAUGCAUGCCCACCCUCAAAUGUUGUUGCUUGCAAAAGAGAAACUAGAUAAAAAGUUGGAAUUCGAUGCGAGCCACAAUAUUAACACUGCAGGGGGAGCCCCUCAAAGUAAAGCAGAUGGAUCUGUAUCACAACAACAUAAAUUGGAAGUGCUCCCUCCUAAUGUCGUUGACCAAAUCAAAUUAUGGCAAUUGGAAUUGGAUAGAAUACAAACAUUUGACGGAUACUUGUUCAAAGAUUUUGCAAAUCAACAAGAGUUUGAAAUUUUGUCAAACUACGCAACCGAAUUAGGAGUACUAAUUUGGUCUGACAAAAUAAAGAAGAAAUUUUUUGUAACUAAAGAUGGUAUGUCCCAAGUUGCCGAUUUUGCAAAUAGAAAAUUGCGAUGA